UGGACCAUGGAUAUUUACUUGAGUUGGAGACAUCUGUCCCAGGUGGUGGACAAUAGAAGAAUGAGGAUGACUUCAAGUUUCCAGUGGCUCUUAUCCACAUUUAUUCUUUUAUAUCUAAUGAAUGAAGUAAAUAGCCAGAAAAAGGGGGCACUUCGUGAUUUGAAGUGUGUAACUAACAAUUUGCAAGAGUGGGACUGUUCUUGGAAAGCACCCCUUGGAGCCGGCCAUGGUACUGUUUAUGAAGUUUGCAUUGAAGACAGGCCCCGUUCUUGUUAUCGAUUAGAGAAAACAAACAUUAGAAUCUCAGCUCUUUCACCUGGUGAUCAUGAAAUAAAAAUAAAUUCUCUACAUGAUCUGCAGAGUUCUAUGAGCAAAUUCAUAUUAAAUGAAAAAAAUGUUUCCUUAGUUCCAGACACUCCCGAGAUCUUGAGUUUGUCUGCUGAUUUUUCAACAUCUACGUUACACCUCAUGUGGAAUGACAAGGGCUCUGUUUUUCCACAUCACUCGAAUGUCAUCUGGGAAAUUAAAAUUCUACGUAAAGAGAGUAUGGAGCUUGUAAAAUUAGUAACAUACAACACAACUCUAAGUGGUAAAGAUGUCAUUCGUCACUGGAGCUGGACCUCGGACAUGCCUUUGGAGUGUGCUACUCAUCAUGUGGGAAUUAGAUGCUACAUUGACUAUCCUCUUUUCUCUGGUCGCAAAGAAUGGAGUGACUGGAGCCCAGUGAAGAACAUCUCUUGGAUUCCUGAUUCUCAGACCAAGGUUUUCCCCCAAGACAAAGUGAUACUUGUAGGCUCAGACAUAACAUUUUGUUGUGUCAGUCAAGAGAAAGUCUUAUUAGCACAGAUUGGUCAUAAAAACUGUCCCCUUAUCCGUCUCGAUGGAGGAAAUGUUGCAAUUGAGAUCCAUAAUAUUUCUGCUUCUGCAAAUAGUGGAACAAAUGUGGUUUUCACGACAGAAGACAACAUGUUUGGAACAGUUGUUUUUGCAGGAUAUCCACCUGAUAGUCCCCAAAAUCUGAACUGUGAGACACAUGAUUUAAAAGAAAUUAUAUGUAGCUGGAAUCCAGGAAGACCGACAGCGUUGGUGGGCCCUCGAAAUACCAGUUACACUUUAUUUGAAAGUUUUUCAGGAAAAUAUGUUAAAUUUAAAAGAGUUGAAGCACUUACAAAUGAAAACUAUCAGUUACUCUUCCAAAUGCUUCCAAAUCAAGAAAUAUAUAAUUUUACUCUGAAUGCUCGCAAUCCUCUGGGGCGAUCGGCAUCUUCAAUAUUAGUUAACAUAACUGAAAGAGUUUCUCCCCAUACUCCUACUUCAUUCAAAGUGAAGGAUAUUAAUUCAACAGCUGUUACACUAUUUUGGCAUUUACCAGGCAACUUUGCAAAGAUUAAUCUGUUAUGUGAAAUUGAAAUUAAUAAAGCUAAUUCAGCACAAGACUUGCGGAAUGUCACAAUCAAAGGAGUAGAAAAUUCAAGUUAUCUGGUUGCCGUGGACAAAUUAAACCCAUACACUAUAUAUACCUUUCGGAUUCGUUGUUCUGCUGAAACUUUCUGGAAAUGGAGCAAAUGGAGCAAUGAGAAAAAACAUUUGACCACAGAAGCCAUUCCUUCAAAGGGACCAGAUACUUGGAGAGAAUGGAGUUCUGAUGGAAAAAACCUAAUAAUCUACUGGAAGCCUUUACCCAUUAAUGAAGCUAAUGGAAAAAUACUUUCCUAUAAUGUAUCAUGUUCAUCAAAUGAAGAAACACAAUCCCUUUCUGAGAUCCCUGAUCCUCAACACAAAGCAGAAAUACAACUUGAUAAAAAUGACUACAUCAUCAGUGUGGUGGCAAAAAAUUCAGUUGGUUCAUCUCCACCUUCUAAAAUCGCUAGUAUGGAAAUCCCAAAUGAUGAUCUCAAAGUAGAGCAGGCUGUUGGAAUAGGAAAGAAGAUUCUCCUCACCUGGCAUCAUGACCCCAAUAUGACUUGUGACUAUGUUAUUAAAUGGUGUAACUCAUCUCGGUCAGAUCCCUGCCUUAUGGACUGGAAAAAGAUUCCUUCAAACAGCACUGAGACCAUAAUAGAAUCUGAUCAGUUUCGACCUGGUAUAAGAUACAAUUUUUUCCUGUAUGGGUGCAGAAAUCAAGGAUAUCAAUUAUUACGUUCUAUAACUGGAUACAUAGAAGAAUUGGCUCCAAUUGUUGCACCAAAUUUUACUGUUGAAGAUACAUCUGCAGAUUCCAUAUUAGUAAAAUGGGAAGAUAUUCCUGUGGAAGAGCUUAGAGGCUUUUUAAGAGGGUAUUUAUUUUACUUUGAAAAAGGAGAAAGAGACACGUCUAAGAGGGGCAGUGUGGAAUCAGGUCGUUCCGACAUAAAGGUUAAGAAUAUUACUGACAUAUCCCAGAAGACACUGAGAAUUGCUGAUCUUCAGGGUAAAACAAGUUAUCAUCUGGUGUUGCGAGCCUAUACAGAUGGUGGCAUGGGCCCAGAGAAGAGCAUGUUUGUGGUGACAAAGGAAAAUUCUGUGGGAUUGAUUAUUGCCAUUCUCAUCCCUGUGGCAGUGGCUGUCCUUGUUGGUGUAGUAACAAGCAUCCUUUGCUAUCGGAAACGAGAAUGGAUUAAAGAAACCUUCUACCCUGAUAUCCCAAACCCGGAAAAUUGUAAAGCAUUGCAAUUUCAAAAGAGUGUCUGUGAGGGAAGCAGUGCUCUUAAAACAUUGGAAAUGAAUCCUUGUACUCCAAAUAAUGUUGAGGUUCUGGAGACUCGAUCAACAGUUCCUAAAAUAGAAGAUACAGAAAUAAUUUCUCCAGUAGCCGAGCGUCCUGAUGUUAGCUCUGAUGUGGAACCUGAAAACCAUGUGGUCGUGUCCUACUGUCCUCCCAUCAUCGAGGAGGAGCUGCCAAACCCGGCAGUGGACGAAGCUGGAGGGACCGUACAAGUCGUUUACAUUGAUGUUCAGUCCAUGUACCAGCCUCAGGCCAAACCAGAGGAGGAACAAGACACUGACCCUGUGGUGGGCGCAGGCUAUAAGCCCCAAAUGCGCCUCCCCAUUAACUCUGCUGCAGAGGCCACAGCUGUAGGAGAUGGGGUGGAUAAGACUGCAGGCUAUCGGCCUCAGGCAAAUGUAAACACGUGGAACUUAGUCUCCCCAGACUCCCCUCGAUCCACAGACAGUAACAGUGAAAUCGUCUCUUUUGGAAGUCCAUGCUCCAUCAACUCCCGACAAUUUUUGAUUCCCCCUAAAGAUGAAGACUCUCCUAAAUCUAAUGGAGGGGGGUGGUCCUUUACAAACUUUUUUCAGAACAAACCAAAUGAUUAA